AGCCAACUAAUCAACUCCGAUUUUGAACCCUCGGGGGCCCGUCCAGAACUCCUUCGAGGUAUCUGAUCUGACCUUGCUGAUCUGAGUCAUCUUGAAGCACUUGGCAAUCUCUAAGGGCGGUGAAACAUCGCCGUUUGCGCGCUUCGCUGGCACCAACAAUAGUCCAAGGACGGCACCGGCGACCGUCUGGAUCUUCGGCAGCAACUUGGCGGCGUAUCCCAAGCGACAAGUAUUCAUUCGGAGCGUCGAUUUAAAGUGCACAUCUUCAUGCCUGGCAAACUGGCAUGCUGGGUAGGGUAUUGCCUAUCCGCCCACCCAAUCUUCGUCGUAUGGCUGUCCGAGACACUAGGCAUCAUUCCCUGUGUUUCCCUUCUGGGUUCUUGUGUUUUGGGAAUAGGUCUACGUCCGUAUUUUUCUUUUUCGAUGGGACACCCAGCACUACAUUCCUCCCUCUCCAAACUUUGUAGCCGACAGCGACAGAGACAUGACCCCUAUUUCCGUUGCCCAUUGGAUCGAAUCUGGGCUGGCUCAUCCUUCCAGCCCAUCUCGCAAUCUCUUGUGAGUUGCAAACGUAGACGGUCUGCUGAGCCGAGAACACAAGCGCGAGACAGGUCUCGGCGCCAUUGGGGGUCAUCUUGGUUCUCUUCACGGAUGCAUUCUCCCUACCUACCUACUCUCUCACGAGUCGCAGUGUGCAUCCUAACAUAAUGGAGACCAGACUUUACAGUCACAUGAUGGCUUGGCGCUAUCGAGAUUGAAUCUACGAAAAACCGCACCAUGGGACGGAUAUGUUCAG